GGGGACCCGGCGGGCGGGGAAGCGCGGGCACCCGGCGCGGCCUGCAGGGAGCGAGAAAGCAAAAGGGUUCCUGGUCGCCCAGAGCUGAAGUAAUGAGAAGGCGUCAUGGAGGCCCAGUCCCAGAGCUCCACGACCACUGAGAAGAAGAAAGUGGAGAAUUCCAUAGUGAAAUGCUCCACUCGACCAGAUGUCAGCGAGAAAGCCGUGGCCUCCAGCACCACUUCCAAUGAGGAUGAAAGUCCUGGACAGACCUAUCACAGAGAGAGAAGAAACGCAGUCACUAUGCAGCCUCAGAGCGUCCCGGGGCUCGGCAAGAUCAGUGAGGAACCUUCGACGUCCAGUGACGAGAGGGCCUCGCUGAUCAAGAAGGAGAUCCAUGGGUCCCUGCCCCACCUGGCCGAGCCCUCUGUCCCCUACCGCGGGGCUGUGUUUGCCAUGGACCCCAGGAACGGCUACAUGGAGCCCCACUACCACCCUCCUCAUCUCUUUCCUGCAUUCCAUCCUCCUGUACCAAUCGAUGCAAGACACCAUGAGGGCCGUUACCAUUACGAUCCGUCUCCGAUCCCUCCGUUGCAUGUGCCUUCUGCCUUAUCUAGUAGCCCCACGUAUUCCGACCUGCCCUUCAUCAGGAUCUCCCCGCAUCGGAAUCCCGCUGCAGCUUCUGAGUCCCCGUUCAGCCCUCCGCAUCCCUACAUCAACCCCUACAUGGACUACAUCCGGUCCCUGCACAGCAGCCCGUCCCUCUCCAUGAUUUCGGCCGCCCGCGGGCUGAGCCCCACAGAUGCCCCCCACGCUGGAGUCAGCCCAGCAGAAUACUAUCAUCAGAUGGCUCUGUUAGCCGGCCAGCGCAGUCCCUACGCAGACAUCAUCCCCUCUGCUGCCACCGCCGGCGCAGGGGCCAUCCACAUGGAGUAUCUUCAUGCCAUGGAUAGCACCAGAUUCCCCAGCCCCCGGCUGUCAGCCAGGCCAAGCCGAAAACGUACACUGUCCAUUUCACCACUGUCUGAUCAUAGCUUUGACCUUCAGACCAUGAUUAGGACGUCUCCCAACUCCUUGGUCACCAUUCUCAAUAAUUCCCGCAGCAGCUCUUCAGCAAGUGGCUCCUACGGCCACUUAUCUGCAAGUGCAAUCAGCCCUGCCCUGAGCUUCACCUACCCUUCUGCACCCGUGUCUCUCCAUAUGCAUCAGCAGAUCUUAAGCCGACAGCAGAGCUUAGGCUCGGCCUUUGGACACAGUCCUCCGCUCAUCCACCCUGCCCCAACCUUCCCGACACAGAGGCCUAUUCCCGGGAUCCCUACGGUCCUCAACCCUGUCCAGGUCACCUCCGGCCCUUCCGAGUCCUCACAGAACAAGCCCACGAGUGAGUCCGCUGUGAGCAGCACCGGCGACCUAGUACAUAACAAACGCUCCAAGAUCAAACCCGACGAAGACCUCCCCAGCCCGGGGCCUCGGGGCCAGCAGGAACAGCCUGAAGGGACAACCCUGGUGAAGGAGGAAGGGGACAAAGAUGAAAGCAAACAGGAGCCUGAAGUCAUCUACGAGACAAACUGCCACUGGGAAGGCUGUUCUCGGGAGUUCGACACCCAGGAGCAGCUGGUGCAUCAUAUAAAUAACGACCAUAUCCAUGGAGAAAAGAAGGAGUUCGUGUGCCGGUGGCUAGAUUGCUCGAGAGAACAGAAACCCUUCAAAGCCCAGUACAUGUUGGUAGUGCACAUGCGCAGGCACACGGGGGAGAAGCCUCACAAAUGCACUUUUGAAGGUUGCACAAAGGCCUACUCGAGACUCGAAAACUUGAAAACACACUUGAGAUCUCACACUGGAGAGAAACCGUACGUCUGUGAGCACGAAGGUUGCAACAAGGCUUUCUCGAAUGCCUCUGAUCGCGCCAAGCACCAGAAUAGGACACAUUCCAACGAGAAACCGUACGUGUGCAAAAUCCCCGGCUGCACCAAGCGCUACACAGACCCCAGCUCCCUCCGGAAACACGUGAAGACCGUGCACGGCCCAGAGGCUCACGUCACCAAGAAGCAGCGUGGGGACGUGCACCCCAGGCCCCCGGCGCCACGAGAUUCCGGCGGCCACUCACAGUCUAGGUCACCCGGCCGGCAGACUCAGGGAGCCCUCGGGGAGCAGAAGGGCCUCAGCAACACUACCUCAAAGCGGGAAGAAUGCCUCCAAGUGAAAACGGUCAAGGCGGAGAAGCCCAUGACAUCUCAGCCAAGCCCUGGUGGUCAGUCUUCAUGCAGCAGCCAACAGUCCCCCAUCAGCAACUAUUCCAACAGUGGGCUCGAGCUUCCUCUAACCGAUGGAGGUGGUAUGGGCGACCUCAGUGCCAUCGACGAAACCCCAAUCAUGGACUCGACCAUUUCCACUGCAACCACAGCCCUCGCUUUGCAAGCCCGGAGGAACCCGGCAGGGACCAAAUGGAUGGAGCACGUCAAGCUAGAAAGACUCAAACAAGUGAAUGGAAUGCUUCCGCGACUGCAUCCCAUUCUACCCCCCAAAGCCCCUGCGGUCUCUCCUCUCAUAGGAAACGGCACGCAGCCCAGUACCAGCUGCAGUCUGGGCGGGCCCCCGCCGCUUCUCCCGAACAGAAGCGACCUUUCUGGGGUGGACAUCACCAUGCUGAACCUGCUCAACCGCAGAGACAGCAGCGCCAGCACCAUCAGCUCCGCCUACCUGAGCAGCCGCCGCUCCUCCGGCAUCUCGCCCUGCUUCUCCAGCCGCCGCUCCAGCGAGGCGUCCCAGGCCGAGGGGCGCCCCCAGAACGUGAGCGUGGCCGACUCCUACGACCCCAUCUCCACCGACGCGUCGCGCAGGUCCAGCGAGGCCAGCCAGGGCGACGGGCUGCCCAGCCUGCUCAGCCUCACGCCCGCCCAGCAGUACCGCCUGAAAGCCAAGUACGCCGCUGCCACGGGCGGUCCGCCGCCCACCCCGCUGCCCAACAUGGAGAGGAUGAGCCUCAAGACCCGGAUGGCCCUGCUGGGCGAUGGCAGGGAGCCCGCGGGCACCCUGCCUCCCGUACAUCCUCCCCGGAGAUGCAGCGACGGCGGGGCCCACGGCUACGGGCGGCGCCCGCUGCUGCCCCAGGAUGCGCUGGGCAACGGCGUGAGAAGAGCCAGCGACCCGGUGCGGACGGCCUCUGAGAGCCUCUCGCUGCCCCGGGCGCAGCGAUUCAACAGCCUUAACAGCUUCAACCCUCCGGUGUUGCCUCCAUCCCUGGAGAAGCGUAAUCUAGUGCUUCAGAACUACACGCGGCCAGACGGGGGCCAGUCCCGACCCUUCCACGCGUCUCCCUGUCCCCCGAGCAUUACUGAGAACGUCACCCUGGAGUCCCUGACCAUGGACGCCGAUGUGAGCCUGAACGAUGAGGAUCUCCUGCCCGACGACGUGGUGCAGUAUUUAAACUCCCAGAACCCGGUCGGGUAUGAGCAGCACUUCCCGGGCACCGUCUCUGAUGACAGCAAAGUGCCCCACGGGCCCGGCCUGGGGAGCGGGCCCGGCGACUUUGACCCACUUGGGCUGCCCGGCAGCCAUGCCAGCCAGCAGUAUCGCGGGCUGGAACCGCCCUGCACCGAUGCCGGGAAAUCCGAGCUGCCCAUUCAGUGGAACGAAGUCAGCUCAGGCAGCGCCGACCUGUCCUCCUCCAAGCUGAAAUGCGGCCCGCGGUCCACAGCGCAGCAGGCCCGCGCCUUCGCGUUGUACGGCCACGUGGGCGUCCACCCACAGAAUCCCUUGAGGAGCGGGGCUGGCCCGGCUGGGGGGUAUCCGACCCCCGGCGAGCACGGCAGCUCCUUCGGGGGCCCGGAGCACUUGGUGAGCCACGGCGGCGGCGGCGGCGGCGGCGGAGCUGCGGGCACCAGCGGGAACGCCUUCCACGAACAGCCCUAUAAGGCCCAGCAGUAUGGAAACUGCCUGGCCCGGCAGCCCGGCUCCCCCGGCUUGCUCGACGGGGCCUGCGGUGCCGGGAUCCAGGCAGCAAAGCUGAAAAGCAUCCCCACGCCAGGCAGCGGGAGCCAGCCGGAUUUUGGCCUGUCGGUAGCACCGAACGAGUCAGCCGGCAGCACGGGGAAUGGCAUGCCCAGCCCAGACCCGGUGGGACAGGGGUACCUGGCGCAUCAGCUGCUUAGUGACAGCAUGCACCCCCAGGGGGCAGGCCGCCCCGGGCAGCACGUGCUGGGGCACGGCAGCGCUACCUCACAUAUCCACGUCUAUCAAGGGCCAGAAAGCGGCCUGCCAGGGCCUCCCAGCACCGGCAUCCAGCUGUCAAGCUUGGCAGCCGUCAGGGGCUACCAGCCGUGUGCCAGCUACGGGGGCGGCCGGCGCCAGGUUGGGCCGAGGGGCGGCCUCGCUCUGCAGCCAGGACAGCUCAGCGACCCAAGUCAGACCUGCAGGGUGAACGGCAUCAAGGUGGAGAUGCCAGGGCAGCCCCAUCAGCUCUAUUCGAAUGUGCAGAGUUACUCUGGUCAGUUCUAUGACCAAACCAUGGGCUUCGGUCAGCAAGACAUGAAAACCGGGUGCUUCUCCGUGUCAGAAGCCAGCUGCCUGCUCCAGGGGGCGAGCGCCAAAAACUCUGAAUUACUCUCCCCAGGUGCUAACCAGGUGACGAGCACAGUGGACAGCCUCGACAGCCAUGACCUGGAAGGGGUGCAGAUUGACUUCGAUGCUAUCAUAGAUGACGUGGACCACGCCAGCCUGAUGUCAGGAGUCCUGAGCCCAAGCAUCAUUCAGAACCUCUCUCAUAGCUCCUCCCGGCUCACGACGCCACGCGCCGCCCUCCCGUUGCCAGCUCUGUCUCUGAGCACCACCAACAUGGCAAUCGGGGACAUGAGUUCUCUGCUGACCUCCCUCGCGGAAGAAAGCAAAUUCCUUGCAGUUAUGCAGUAGGCAUUAGGGGGAAAAAAAAAAAGAAAAAAAAAAAAGACUGCCAAGAGACCUGAAACUUUAGGAGUUUAAAAGAUUAAAUUGACCCUUUUUUUUUUUUUGGCUGUUUCGUUUUUGUUUUUUUUUAGUUCUGUAUAUGUUUUAGCAAUCUCAUCUCACCUAACUGGGAUGUGUUUCAAGUAUAUUCCUUUUAUGGAAAAGGACUCUGAAAAACCCUAAAGUAUUCUAGGGAGAAACUGUCUUCCAUUUCAGUUUUGAAUCAGUAUUGUUACACUCGAAACACCCUCUUUUUUUAAAAAACUGUAAGCCCGCCCUCCCCCCCCCCUUUUUUUUUUAGUAAACCGGUGUAAAUGUGUGGUGUGCACGUUCUUUCUUUUUGGAGAGAGGGCAAAGGAAAGGAUUUGACAGGUUUCUCUGUUACUCCAAGGAAAUAGGAAUUGGUGUGCUUGUGACCAAGGGGUUACACUUCCAGCUUUUUUCCAUUUUCCUUUACAUACGUUCAACGUUUGUUUUUGUGUUUUGUUUCUUUUGUUUUUUUAAUUCCCACACUGGGCACGAGAAUCAGAACAUGGAGAGUGAGUUUGGGAAUCCAUGGAGAGUGAGUUUGGGAAUCUCUUGUGAGCGUACUGUAUCAGAGGUCACAGGUUUUUGAGACACUCCUCGCCCACAGUUCAGUUCAGAGCAUGCUUUAGACAGAUACACACAGGUCGAAAUUUGGGACUCUUGCACAUGACAUGGUGUGCCCACCAUUGGGGUUUAAAAUUCUUCCUGUCCAUACACGAGCUUAGGGUGGGUACGUGUAUACGACAGUUCUCAGUUAUCGACCUUGCCUCCUCUCUCUCUUUCUGUCCGUGAAUGUUCAGUGCUCUUCCAGGGAGACGGGGAAGGGCGCUGGGUGACACUCAGACAUGCUAUUACUUUCAUCUGUUCUGGUAAGAAGGUAGGUGGAUUGCAGAUUCAAGCUACUGUGGAGAAUUUGUUUUGGGGAAUAUUUGUGGGUUUGCAUAUUUGUUGAUAGUUCCAUCUCUUGCCCCGUUUUCAUAGAUAACUGAGAAUUGAUGAUAUCUAGUUCUGAGUAUAUAGGUACUUAACCCCACAGCUGGCUAUGUCAUUAACAUAUGUUAAUUCCACUAUAGCGAAGGAGUAUUUCUAUUCUAAGUGCCCUAUUUUAGGGGAUUUAUAAAACUU